GACUGGGUAUGACUUGCCAUUGCAUGUGAGGUACAGAAAUAGCAUUUGAAAAAAAGGAACAGAAAUAAAAUGUUGUUCAUGCACAAAAACAACACAAAAAACAACACAAGGUUGUAUAUUUCAAGGACUUUUCAAGACCAAAUAUAGAAAUCAAGACAAGUACUUUUCAAGGACCUAAACUGAAUUCUAGGCCUCUUUAGACGACUAGUAAAAUUCAAGACCUCUUCAAGAUUGUAAAAACUAUGUUAGUGCCUUUUCCCUUACAAAAAACAGGGGGUAGCAAAAGGUGAAAUAUGGUUGACAAAUUUCACGUAUCACGUGCUUUAUAAACCAAUUUUCACGAGGCAUGAAUGUCCCGUCCGUUAAUCAAAGAGGGUACGAACCGAAACCACGGUCAUCGUGGAUCACACUUCGACGGUUGUCAUAUUGAAAUACGUCAAAGAUUACACUGACCGCAGGUGGCAGUAUUUGCUCCCAAUUAAAUACAGUGAAGCCAGAAGUGUUGUCGAUGGUUGAAUAUCAAACAUACACAAUAUAUUAAACCAUUAUUUGAACUGUAGAUGAUUUUCGGUCGAAACAAGCCUCAAGAGAAGGAACACAACUGUCGAGAAGUCAGUAAGCAUGAACACAACAGUAAAUGGAUCAAGUUUCUGGAGCUGCUCCAGUCUGAUAAAUCCAGAAGCAGGAAAAAUUGGAGCAACAGUCGCUUAUAGUUUGAGCCUCGUUUUCGCGCUGGUUGGAAAUUUUCUCCUUAUAUUGAUAGUUUACAAAACACCAACUUUGAGAAAACCGAUUAAUCUGUUGAUCGCAAACAUGGCCAUGUCCGACCUGCUCUAUCCAACAUUUCUGUUCCCUGUUCAACUGGCAGAGAUGCACGUUGGCUCGUGGUUUAUUGGUGGUACCUUUGGUCAAGCCUUAUGUAAGCUACACAUUUUUCUUGCAGAUGCUUCCUCGUUCGUUUCGAUUCAGAGCCUGGUUCUGAUAGCAGUGGAUCGAUUUGGAGCUGUUGUAGUUCCACUCCGCUCUCGUCUCAUAACUAGAAAGCUAUGUCCAUUCUUUAUUAUCGCUACGUGGAUCACCGCAAUGGCCGUUCUUUCGCCAUUUCUUGUUGCUAAUAAAGUUGUUAAAUACCGAGAACGACUGAUGUGCGUAAGUCUGUGGAUGGAAAUCUUCGGAGGCACAUUUGAAAAUUACGCCCUAGCAGUUGUCGUCGUGUUUUUCUACAUCCCCUUUGUCCUCGUGGUGAUACUUUACUCUAUCAUCUUGAUGAAGCUUAAAAUGCAUGCCCAUCCAGGUGAACAGUCAGCCAACGCUGAAGAACAACGCACUAAAAGAAACAGAAACGUGCUUAAGAUGGUAAUUGCUAUCGUUGUAGUGUUUUUCAUUUGCUUGAUACCCUAUUUCAGUAACUUUGUGAUAGCUAGAUUUAGUGCACCGGACAGUUCCAUUUGGUUUUCAUGUAGUUUUGUUCUAUACGUAAUUGUCACCCGUUAUAUAUCUUACACAAACUGUGCUAUCAACCCGAUUAUCUGCCUCAUUUUUAGCAGUAAUUAUCGCCAAGCACUUAAGAGACUUGUAAAUUGCUGUGAUAUAGUACAAGAUUAACUUUUAGAAAACUUAAAGCUGGGUCUAAAGCUCUAAAGAACAGGUUCAAUUUUUUCCAGUUAAUAAAACUUUGAGCAACUUCAAAGCAGUGUCUCUACAUGAUCAUAGAAUUGACUGAAAUGUGACAAUAAUAGUUCAAUCCGCAAGUACAGAGAAUUCGAGUGUUGGACAAAAAUUGAAGUGGAACACACCAUCACAGAAACGUGCUCUUUGAUAAUUGGCGAUCGUAAAAAUGAAAAUAAGUAAAAAAUGACGCAGAGAGAAUGUCAAUCAACAAAUCCCCCGUGUAUAUCCAUUUCUUGGUUAUUGUUCUUGCUCGGACACCCGCAACAUUGUGUCUAAUAUCCGAAGAAGAAUAGAACUUCACGCGGCUAUAUUAAGACUUCAGUCUAUUCAAAAAGUGUCUAAAUUAAAAUUAUACGAAUUAGCAUGGAACUAUUUGUUUUAAAGCGCUUCAAACUUUAAGUUAGUCUUCGAUGAUUGUUGUUGAUUUUGCCGUGGAUGUUUCAAGAGGCUGAUUUGAAAUGAUUUUUUAUCUUUUACAAGCUUUCACGGCGUUCGAAUCGUACUUCAGUUGGAUAAUGCAUUUGCAUAAACAUUUCUGCGCAACAUUUGUUAUUUUUUGCAGGUUUUGUUGUUUAACUUCACUCAAUCAACACGUUUUGAAAAACAAAUUCGCAUUAUUCAGCAAGUCCAAUAGGCCUUUUUACAGUUGUGUGCUUAGUCCCCUGGUCUUUGAAUAGAAGCAAGGCUGGCGGUGACCUUGUUUUGCUACAAACCUUACUGCUUUUUCAUGUGCAAAUCGUGGCAUUUUCAUGCUAACAAGCCCGUGAACAUGAUCAUUUACAUAUGAAAAACAAGAAGGUUUGUAACAAAACCAGGUCAGCACCAGCCUCGCUUCUAUUCAAAGAUCAGGGCACUGAGCAUACAACUGUAAAAGGGCCUGUUACCAAACUAACCUUUUUUGAUUUAGCUGUACAUUAACAAACACAUCUCUAGAGAACACAACUGUCGAGAAGUCAGUAAGCAUGAGCACAACUACAGUAAAUGGAUCAAGUUCCUGGAGCUGCUCCAGUCUGAUAAAUCCAGAAGCAGGAAAAAUUACAUUAACAGUUGCUCUCAGUUUGAUCCUUGCUGUUUCACUAAUUAGAAAUUUUCUCAUCGUAUUACUUGUCUUUAUUAGGCCUGCUUCAAACGUUGUUCUACUGCCGUGCUAAGCUGGCUCGACUGUAGCUCGACUGCAGCAUGAAACUAGCACGACUUGGUUUCAGACGACGAAUUUAAUUCAGUCGAAUAGGACGGCUAUUGCCGAAAACAAAACACAAAAAAUAUAGAAACGAUUUAGCAAACUUUUAAAUGUAUUCUAAUGUAUUCAUAAUUUAUAAAUUGAGUUCGGCACUAGCACGACUUGGUUUCAAACGUCGCGCUACUGCCGUGCUAAAGUCGAAUUUCGUAAUUAGAUCAAUAUAGUUCGGCACGGCAACAGCACGACGUUUGAAACCGAUAAAUAUGUUGAUCGCAAAUAUGGCCAUGUCCGACCUGCUCUAUCCAACAUUCCUGUUCCCUGUUCUACUGGCAAAGAUGCACUUUGGCUCGUGGUUCGUUGGUGGUACCCUUGGUCAAGCCUUAUGCAAGCUACAAGUCUUUCUUGCAGAUUGUUCUGUUUCAGAGCCUGGUUCUGAUAGCAGUGGAUGCGUCUGGAGCUGUUUUAAAUCCACUUCGUUGCCCUCUGGUCACUCUAUAGGAAGCACUGUCCAAUCUUCAUUUGUCGCCACGUGGAUCGUCGCAAUGGCCGUUUUUUCGCCAUGUUUUCUUGCUUAUAAACUUGUCGAAUACCCUGGAGGAAUGAGGUGCUCAAGUCUGACUGAGUCUGAGGGGAAGAAAACAAUAAUGUGCCCCCUGACCAACUUACCAAGCAAGUUUGUUUGUGGUGAGAAGUAUAACGUCCGCCAAGGCCGAUACACACGAGGGGUUUUGCUCCCGGGCAUGCUCCAGUCUCAUUUUGCACGUGUCAGUACACACGAGGGAGCGUUUUCAAGUUCGCUCAAUUUGCCCCGCGAACUUGCUCCCAAAUAUUUAACCGGUUAAAUAUCGUGGAGCAUUUUGCGGGGUGGAAAUUCUGCUCCCGAGGAUGAAGUAUACCCAUGAAAUCGUUGGUACACACGGAGGAGCUUUGCUCCCAGGGCGUGACCCUGGAGCAUGCUCCGGGAGCAAAAUCCCUCGUGUGUAUCGGCCUUAAUGCAAAAAGGGAGGGUUCGUGGCGCAGACACGGUGGUGUUCGCAACCUACUUACCUCACUUAUUGGUAAGGUUUGCACCAACGUUGAACUCGAACCACAACUACAACCUCUCGAUAAUGAGCGAUUCAACCUCAGAGGCGCGGUAACAAGCUCGGAGGCAAGACUGCAUUUGAAGGCAGCUAGGGGUCUUUUGGUCUCGUGGAGUUACGGCAUUUUUUGAUGUCAGAGUAACGCAUGUUAACUCCAAGUGUAACCAGGGAAAAGCAACAUCCAAAAUCUCUAAGAAGCAGGAGGAGGAGAAAAAGCGGAAGUAACAACAGAGGGUGCUGGAAGUUGAAAUAGGAUCUUUCACUCCCCUAGUUUUUGGAACCAACGGUUGGAUGGGAGCCGACUGCAACUGCUUUCUCAAACGCCUAGCCGAGAAGCUGUCAGAAAAAAAUGAGGAACCUUACCACAUCACUAUUACUUGGAUUAGAACACUGCUUUCUUUUGAGAUUUUAAGGUCGGUUAAAACACAUGCGUAAGAGGUUCCAGGACACCCUUCCAGAAAAUUCCACAAGGAGAUUUCAUUGAUGACUGCCGCUUAAACGCUAGCCAAGGAAGUGUCCACUAAUUUAGAAAGUGAUAAUGGCGUGAGCUUGUAAGUUAGUAUUUUAGGAUCUUUUUAAUAUUUUUAUUUCAUCAAAAUUUUAGUAUAUGAUAGUGGAAUGUAAAAUGGUCAUGUGAUGACUGCCGCUUAAAAGCUAGCCAAGCGUGUGACUGUCCGCUAAUUUUAGAAAGUCGAUAAUCGGGUGAGCUUGUAAAUUAGUGUUUUAGGAUCUUUUAAUAUUUUUGUGUCAUUAAAAGUUUAGUCUGUGAUAGUGCAAUGUAAAUUGGUCAUAUGGUGAGCUGACAUAAUAACUACCGCAUCGCGCAGUCACAGUCCUCGUCCCUUGGUUUUUUAUCUAAUAAUGAAUUCGAAACAACAGUUGCUCUCAGUUUGAUCCUUAUUGUUUGGUUAGAAAUUUUCUCAUUAUAUUAAUUGUUUACACAGUAAUUUUCAAGGAGUUAUAAUAACUCCUCUAGUGGGGUUAAUUUAACUCCUUACAGUGGACUUAUUUUUUGGGGAGUUAUUUUCACUCCAAAAAGGAGUUUAAAGAACUCUUUUUCAGGAGUAAAAAUGACCCCAGAUAUUGAGGAGUUAAAAUAACCCCAAAAAAGGAGUUAUCCUGUACCUAAAAUUUCUACACCACUUAAAGUAACUAAAAAAAGAGUAAAAACAACCCAAGUAAGGAGUAAAAAUAAACCCAUUUUCGGAGUUAUUUUAACUCCAGACUGGGAGUAAAAAGAACUCUUUUUCAUUAGUAAAAUUACCCCAAAUUUGGAGUUAAAUUAGGAGUUAAAGUAACCCCCAAAAGGGGGUCAUCUUUGCUCCAUUUUCGGAGUUAUAAUAACUCCCUAAAAACUACUGUGUACAAAACACCAACUUUAAGAAAACCGAUAAAUAUGUUGAUCAAAAACAUGGCCAUGUCCGACCUGCUCUUUGCAAUUUUCAGUUUCCCUGCUAACCUGGCUCGAUUGCACAGCUCCUGGUUUAUUGGUGGUAUCCUUGGUCAGGCCUUGUGCAAGAUACAAAUUUUUCCUGGAGAUGUUUCCUUGAAAGUUUUGAUUCAGAGCCUUGUUCUGAUAACAGUGGAUCCAUUUGGAAAUGUCGUAAUUCCACUUCGUUUCCCUCUUAUAACCAGCAAGCAGUGUCCAUUCUUCAUUGUCGCUACCUGCUGUAUCGUCGCAAUUGCCGUUCCUUGGUCAUAUCUUGUUGCUGUUAAACUUGUUGAAUACCCUGGAGGGAUGAUGUACAAGAAUCAGUGGCAGGAAGCCUUCAAGGGAACCAAAUAUGCAAAUUACCUGCUAGGAAGUGCUAUAUCGUGUUUUUCUGCAUCCCUCUUGUCUUCCUGGUGA